GUCCGGACGUCCCGCACGCAGCUCUUAGCUCACGCAUGAGCCGGUCCUGCAUAUUCAGGACGUGCCGGGCGUGCGUGUUGCGGACGCCAAGAUGGUGGUGGGCGCCUUCCCCAUGGCGAAGCUGCUGUACCUGGGGGUACGGCAGCUCAGUAAACCGCUGGCCAAUCGCAUCAAGGCCGGAGCCCGCCGGAGCCAGUUCUUCAAGACCUACAUCUGCCUUCCGCCUGCUCAGCUGUACCACUGGGUGGAGAUGAGGACCAAGAUGCGCAUCAUGGGGUUCCGCGGCUCGGCCAUCAAGCCCCUGAACGAGGAGGCGGCGGCGGAGCUGGGCGCGGAGCUGCUGGGCGAGGCCAUCAUCUUCGGCGUCGGGGGAGCCUGCCUGCUGUUCGAGUACUCGCGCCAGGCCGGCAACACGCGGCGCAAGGAGGAGGAGCAGAGCGGCUCCAUGGCCUCCCUGCACCAGGAGGUGGGCGAGCUGGCCCUGACCGUCGAGGCCCUGCAGGCCCAGCUGCGCGAGGUCAGCCGGCAGCUGGGCACCGUGGACACCCUGACCGGACAGGUGCGGUGCCUCCAGACGCAGCUAGAAGCCCUCACCGCCUGCCCCAAGAAAUAGGGGGCCGCCGGGGGCGGGGGGUUCAUCCCACCCGAGACUCCCUCUUCUUCUGGCUCCGGGUGUGGCCUGCCGUCGUCCCCCGGCGGGGCCGGGCCGCGGGGAGCCACCCCGGGCCCGUCUAGCGGAUCGUUCUGCCCCCCUCCCGUGUGUGUCGUUCUUGCCCCCACCCCCGUCCCGCACUGGGGCAGUGGAACAGUGUGCCGGGGGGCGGUGUUGGAGUAGGGGGUGCUGUAGCCCGUUGGUGCUGGGACCCGGGGCGGACUCGGGCCCGGGGUCGGAGGGCUGGGCCGGGGCCGGAUGCGCCCUGGCUUAUUUUUCUAGUCUGUAAAUAUUUCCCGAUUAAAGGAACCGCCCUAAGGGCC